AUACUAACCCACAUAACACUUUUGGUGUGAAACUUGCACCGGAAGCCAUGUCCUGGAUAGAGGAACAUUGUGCGGAAUCCAGGGCCUAGAAAUCGUGAACAGGCCACUGUGUCAACACAGAGGGCUGGGGUUGACUGUCUCGCCGCCUGUGCCUCCGGUUAAACGGCUGGGAACAUGGGUGCCGUGGGGCUCUCUGGAGCGGGGCUUGCCCUGAGGCCUUGAUAUGAAAUCCCCGAUGCUGCGCUGGCUGUGCCUGCUCAGCCUGAGCCUCCCUCUCUUGUUUUGGUUCGGACAUGUGAUCACGCGGGACGGUCCGGCGCCUGUCCUGCACGGCCCCGGACUCAGGGGCUACAUGAGGAUCAGCCCCGGCGGGAUGGAGCAGCAGUUUCUGGACAUGCACUGCAACCAGUGUGCCUUGGUCUCCAGCUCAGGUCAGAUGCUGAGAGCUGGCAUCGGGGAAGAGAUUGACAAGAUCGAUUGUGUCAUUCGAAUGAACAAUGCACCCACGCUGGGGUACGAGAGCGACGUCGGGAGCCGCACCAGUGUUCGGGUCGUGUCUCACACCAGCGUGCCCCUGUUGGUGAAAAACGAGCGCUACUAUUUCCAGCAGUCGGCGGACACGACCUACGUGUUCUGGGGCCCUGACAGGAACAUGAGGCAAGAUGGGAAAGGACGGAUCUUUAACACUCUCGUGAAAAUAGCAAACAAGUAUCCGAACGUGAGAAUCUACACCGUGACCCGAGAGAAGAUUCAGUACUGUGACGGUGUGUUUCAGAAUGAAACUGGGAAAAACAGAAUGAAGACCGGGGCAUUUCUCAGCACCGGAUUCUUCACGAUGAUCCUGGCCAUAGAUAUGUGUGACAGAAUCCACGUCUAUGGGAUGAUCAAUGAUAACCACUGCAGCCGGGCCAAUCACAGUGUUGUUCCCUACCACUACUACGAGCAAAACCGAAUCAACGAGUGCCGGAUGUACAAAGUCCACGAGCACACACAGCGCGGAGGCCAUCGCUUCAUCACAGAGAAGGCAAUCUACGCCAAGUGGGCCACACGCCAUGAAAUAGAGUUCAAACAUCCUACAUGGAGCCUCUGAAAGAAGAAGAUCCUAGAACCUUGGAAGAUGUUCCUCGACCGUAUGGCGGCAUUCUGUUUUGCCUGCUUCUGCUGAAUGUUUCAGUGUUGCCACAGCAGGAAGUACAUCAUGUUACUGAUGGAUUUUUUAAAAAGAAAAUCCAGGAUGAAUGAUUUGAUACUGGCUCAUCAUGGAAAAAAAUCAUCUGCAACCAUCCAUGUAAAAUAAUGCAUUGAGUUUCUACGCUUAACAAAAGUAAAUAACAGUAUUAAAGUGGUGACAGGUUUAAGUGCACCACCGUCGGUAUCACUGAAUAUUUCAAUCAUGUAUAAGCCAUAUGUCGGCAUUCAGUAGAUGCUGAUAAAACAUAGUAAGCCACUAGACUAGACACUGAAAGCAGUUUUAUACCAAAACUUACACUUUCUAAUUUCUUCCUACCUGUGCCUUGACUUUCGGUAUAAGUUUAAUUCUGCUACCCGGCUCUGUAAUUUAAAGCUACUACUGUAUAUGCACUUUUACGCUGUGAGACAGACAGUGUAUUGUUUAAGGCUGGAACCAGUUCAUGAUAUCAUUUGUGAUCAAACUAGCACUUAUUUUCCGAAAAUGACUAAUUCAUCCUCUUCCAAAAGAAUUGUUACUCACAGUUACCCAGUAAGUUACCCAAGUUUACAUAAUUAAAUGACUUGAGUUUACAAUGUUAGAAGAUGAAGAGAACCAGCAUUUUUUUUAAAUGACUUGAAUGAUUAUUCAAUUAUCUGAAAAAGAUUAUGAUUAUUUUCUAACUGACUCACCAUGCCAGGUCCAGGAUUGCUUUCCCUGCUCUCCUCCCUGCCGUUUGGUCCGUACUUUGCCUGACAACAAGACAAUCCUCUGCCUGCCUCGACGCAGAGUCAAGUUCAAGGCUUAAAGUAAACCAGCGUUCAUGGGACAGUCUGCCAUUUUCCAUAGAACAAAAAAACGAUUGAUAAAUUCAAGCAACUGUUGUUUGUGACACGUCAUUGUUUUCAACCCUUUGGCCGUGAACCGAACACCAGAUGAACGCUGGACACAAACACAGAUCCAUUCUACUGCUUUAUUCUUCAUCAACUACUUACUGUCACUGGAACUGAAACUUCAAGCUGUUUACUUGCCCUCACUACAGCCAGUAUUAUUAGUGAGCUUUUUAUUUAACCAAAACACGUUCAUGUUAAUGAGAACAGUGUUAAGAUGUUUCCAUAAUGUCCUGAGUGCCAUUGAACCCAUAGAGUGACCAUGCAGACACGCAGACACACACACACACACACACACACACACACACACACACAGCCUUCUCAAUCACAUACACAUGACGUGUGUAUGAUAAUCUUUAAAAUCACUGACAGCAACGGAGUGUAACUGCAGAUAAAUCCAUCCGUCAAUUCCGGUCUUCAGCUCCACAAGCAUCUCCUUUCAAAUUGUUUCCCCUUGACAUGUUGCUGCCUGUUUACAGUGAAAAAUAUAGCGCUGCCUUUUUCAGUUGCACAAUGCUGAUUUUGUGACUAAUUCCAAACACUGUAAUAGUAUUUGCACUGCUGCCCAAACCACUGUCAUAGUAUUUCACUGUGUACAUUUCAAACACGCUUUGUUUGAAAUUCAAGUGUAUUAUCAGUGACUGUUCAGUGAUCAUACUUGUGUGUGCAAAGUAAAAACUUGAAUGUAAACUUGAACACUGGCCUCUGCUAGUCUGAGAUUGGCAUCGACAUGAAUAAAUGUGCGCUUGUUAAACAGA